AUGAAGUUCUCCCUCCUUGCGGUGCUGGCUUUGGUCCUAUUUGCAGCUCAAGCAAAUUCCCUCUACUGUUACACCUGCAACUGGGAGCAAAGCAACUGGAGCUGCCUGAAGGCCGAGAAGUGCUCAGACAAGGACGAGUACUGUGUCACCAACGUGGCCUCCGUAGGAAUCGGCUUUUUGUCCCUUUGGAAGAGGAUCACCAAGAAGUGCUCCAGCACCUGCCCACACCACAACUUCCUCCUGGGCCUGGCCACCUACACCUCCUACUGCUGCCAGAGCUUCCUGUGCAACCUCAGUGCAUGCCCAGGGCCCCGGCUGGCUCGCCCAUGA